AUGUCGCCAGACCCCAAGCUCAGGGCGGUACAGGCUGGCCCGGACCGCCGGACGCAUGCGCGGCUAGGCAUCUCUACCCGGCUCCUCAGAGCGUGUGCGGCAGCGGGGCGGGGCCUGGCGCCCUCCGGGCCGCGCUCACGGAAGUGCGGUCUGUCUGGAGGCGGCUGCGCCCGGGGCGUGGGGCCGCGGUCCCGGGAGCGACACGUGGCCGCCCUGGAGCCGCAGGCCUCGGUAGCGGAGGCCGUGUCGUCCCUGACCAUCGCCGACGCGUUCGUGGAUGCCUCUGCGAGCUCCGCCCCGUGCGCUCGGCCCGCGCUUCCCAUCCGGUUCAUCUGCUCGUUCCCCGACUGCAGCGCUAGUUACAACAAAGCCUGGAAGCUAGAAGCGCACCUGUGCAAGCACACCGGGGAGAGGCCAUUUGUUUGUGACUAUGAGGGCUGUGGCAAGACCUUCAUCAGGGACUAUCAUCUGAAUCGCCAUGUCCUGAUUCACACUGGAGAAAAGCCGUUUGUUUGUACAAAUACUGGCUGUGAUCAGAAAUUCAAUACAAAAUCAAACUUGAAGAAACACAUUGAACACAAGCAUGAAAAUCAGCAAAAACAGUAUGUGUGCAAUUUUGAGGGUUGUAAGAAGGCCUUUAAGAAACACCAGCAGCUGAAAACACAUCAGUGCCAGCACACAAAUGAGCUGCUGUUCAGGUGUACCCAGGAGGGAUGUGGGAAGCACUUUGCUUCAGCUAGCAGGCUGAAACGACACGGGAAGGUUCACGAGGGUUAUCUUUGUCAAAAAGGGUGCUCUUUUUUGGCAAAAACAUGGACAGAACUUCUCAAACACACAAGAGAAACUCAUAAAGAGGAAAUAACCUGUGCAGUAUGCCAGAAGGCAUUUAAGCGGAAAGAUUACCUUAAGCAACACAUGAAAACUCAUGCAGCAGAAAGGGAUGUGUACCGGUGUCCAAGAGAAGGCUGUGGUAGGACCUAUACAACCGCGUUCAAUCUGCAGAGCCAUAUUCUCUCCUUCCAUGAAGAAAAGCGCCCAUUUGUGUGUGAACACACCGGCUGUGGCAAGAUGUUUGCAAUGAAACAAAGCCUCACCAGACAUGCUGUGGUUCACGAUCCUAACAAGAAGAAGAUGAAGCUUAAAGUGGCAACUGUUCAGGUAAAACCAUCUCGUGAAAAGCGGAGUUUGGCCUCUCGCCUCAGUGGGCAUAUCCCUCCUAAAAGGAAACAAGAGUCAGACUCCUCUUUGUCUGAAAGCAGAGAGUCUGGGAAUGGCAUGGACGACAAGAUCCUCCUGCCAGUUGGCAUACUCACCCUCAACUAGGCACCAAUGGCCUGGUGAAGGACUACAGAGCUGUGAUCAGAAGCUUCCUCAGAAGCCAGUCUUUAUUAAAAUCACUGGUGCAGAACAUCUGA